GCCGAAGCCAACAAGCCUUCAGAGCAGCUUCAACACAUCAGUUCAGGAUGAGUCCCUGCUUCGUAUCCAUAUUAUUCUCUUUGGUGUUUUCACUACGAACCUCAGCGGAACCUGCAGGCUGCAAAAUCCGCAUCACUGACAAAGGACUGGAGAUGUUGAAGACUGAGACUGAGAAGUUUGUCGAAGAGGAGCUAAGCAACAUCAGCAUGCCUGAGAUGAAGGGCAAAGAUGGACGUUUCCAAUACACCAUCACUGAUGUGAAGAUCACAGAGCUGAACCUGACUCACGCCGAGCUGAAGUUCAUCCCCAACGUCGGCUUGCUGUUUGAUGUUCAGAACUCGUCCAUCUCGCUGACCUUUAACAGAAGGAUCCUUUACUGGUUCUUCUACGAUACGGGGAACAUCAAUGCAUCUGCAGAAGGUGUCAACAUCAACACUGCUCUGAAAGUGGUCAGAGAUGAGGAUGGUCGCCUGAAGAUCAGCAACAUCACUUGUGAUGCCAAAAUCAACAAAAUGAAGGCCAAGUUCAGCGGGACUCUCGGGAGAGUUUACGACUUCCUGGCCAGAGUUCUGACUACAGGCAUGCGCUUCGUCCUCAACCAGCAGAUCUGUCCAGCGCUGAACCACGCCGCUCUGGUAGAUGUGAACUCCAUGUUGGACACGAUCCCUGUGAGGACGGAAGUGGACGAGUUCAUUGGAAUUGAUUAUGCUCUGAUUGAUGAUCCAGUGGUGACGUCUCAGAGCCUGGACAUGCACUUCAGGGGGAUGUUCUUCGACCUGGCCCACCAGAACAUCACGCAGGUGAACUCGGCGGUGGACCCGGUCAUCAGAGAGUACGACCGGAUGGUGUACCUGGCUCUGUCCGAGUUCUUCUUCGACAGCGGCAUGUUCUCCUACUACACUGCAGGGAUCUUCCAGACGGAGAUCGUCAACGAGAAGAUGCCGAAAGAUCUGGAAAUGCUGCUGAGAACGACGUACUUUGGAGCAAUAAUGAUGCUGAAUCCGGCUCUGGUGGACUCUCCACUGUCGCUACAGCUCGCUGUGAACUCUCCUCCAAAAACCACCAUCAAGACGUCUGGAGCAACUGUUGUCAUGACGGCCAUCGUCAAGGUGAUGGUUCUGCCUCCAGGACAAGAUCCAGUCCAGCUCAGCAGCAUGACCAUGGAAGCGAAGUUUAAUGCCAAAGUUUCCAUGAGAGGAAAGCGUCUGUCAGUUCAUGCUGACCUCCGCAGGUUUAAGAUCUUCUCCAACCAGUCUGCACUGGAGUCCUUGGCUCUAAUUCCUCUGCAGGCACCACUGAAGACGAUGUUACAGAUGUCUGUGGUUCCUCUGAUCAACAACUGGACAAAGAGAGGAGUACGGAUCCCACUUGCUGAUGGGAUGGAUUUCAUCGAGGAGGUGGUUGAGUAUCACAACGGGUUUAUUGUGAUUGGAGCCAAUCUUCACUUCAGUAAAGGACUGAGAGACAUGGUGGCAGGAAGCAUGGAGACCGCUGCCCAGAACAACACCCUGUGAAGUCUGCAGAUGAAGACUCUUUACAGCAAAUACACACUAUUUAAAUAAAUACAGGAAAGAGGA